AUGGGUCGUCAUACUAAGUAUCUUACUAUGGAUUUCAAAUCAGUGAAUGAUAUAUCAGACUCAAAAUAUGGAAAAUUCGCAUGUUAUGAUGUUCUGCGUCUAGCGACAGUUCGUGGAGCCGAAUUAGCAGCAUUUGAAUCGAGUGUUGAUGUUUUAACUGCUUCUGCACUGACAGGACUUCAGCGUCUUCCAGUUCGUUUACGAAGGCGUGCUGCAAGUCAUCGGGUGAAUAGAUUACCUCGUCGUUUUCAUAGACAUUAUCAUCUUUCAACGUCGAAUAAUAAUGGAUCUCAAUCUGAGUCAUCAGUGUGUAAGCAGAAAUUAAAAUCUCGUCGUUAUCGUCGCCGGAAAUUACGUCUUUUGGCUUUACAUAGUCGUUUCAUGACAAAUAGAUGCCAAAACAGUUCACAAAAUCUAAAGCCAGCAUGGUUACCAACACAUAUUUGGCAUGCGAAACGAUUUCAUAUGAUUACAAAAUGGGGUUGGCGUUUACCGUAUUCUCCGACAAAUAAAAUUUUCAAAGCAUGUCAUAAAGCAUCCCAUAAUGGUUGUUUAUUAUUCGACUUCAGUUAUUUAAACUGUUUUCAAGUAUAUGGACCUGAGGCCAUGAUAUCCAAUUGUUUAAAUUGUAUAUUCCAAUUAGAUUGUCAGGUUGAGUCAUUGCUUCCUGAAUUGACGGAGUUGAAAACACCAGUUCAAUCGUGUGAACAGACUGGGAUUCUAUAUACAACUACUAAAUGUGUGCAGCAUAUUUCUCGACCGGUACUUGGUCCUGUUCGCAUUUUAUGGGGUUCAAGAAAUUCGCCAAAAGAUAAUUUUCGUCAUAUUUGGUUAUGGCUUCAUCCGUGCAUAUCUGAAUCUGCUUGGAGAUUACUACAGUCAUAUAUUAAAGAAACCCAUUUGAAUAAUAAAACAGAAGAUAUUCUUCAUCUAUCCGAUUUAACUGGUUACUUUUGUCGUCUUCAUACAAUUGGACGUCAGUCUCAUGGGUUAAUCAGUGAUAUUUUAAAGGUCAGAGAUGAAAAUGAUAUUAAAGAUGACAAUUGGACAUUUUGGAAUCAUCUUUCAACAAGUAUACGAGAAGCUGUAUGCAUUCCCUCUGGAUUAGUGAUAAAUUUGUCUAACUGUGAAGAUUUUCGAUCGAAUAGGCCACGUUUAAAGAUUCGCAAUCAAAAUUGGUGUGUAACACCAAUCAAGCUAAGCGAUAACAGAUCUCAACAACAGCAAGUUACAUGUGCUUCUUCAACAAAUGAAUCUCAUUUUGUCCUUCCUUCUGGAAAGCAGCUGUCAUGGUCAGAUAUUAAAAAAUCCUAUCCAAAUAUCUACCCUUCCCCUGAUGAAUUACUUUCAACAGAACUUAAUCGAGACUCAGAAGAAAGUAAAACAGAUAUAAUUUUAAUACAAAAUAGUACUCCAUCAUUGGUUCGUUUAUCUCCUGAAAGUAUCGGUUGGGAUAUCAUUUUACGACGUAACUUUCCACAGUCAAAGAAUGAACAAGCAUUACUCCGUGGUUCCUUAGCUGCACGUGAUUUCUUAAUAGCCUGUGUUUACCGAGGCUCUGAAGUUGGUGGCUUACGAGAUCUGUAUCAUUGGGCUGGACUUGGUACACGUGGAGGUGGACAUUUUUAUUCUUUCCCAGACACUUUGUGGCCUGAUACACCAGCUGGUCAAGAAUCUGCCCAAAGUGUAACUGAGGAAAAAUUAAAUCGUCUUAAUCAUCUUCCAGGUAAUCUACGUCCUGAUUUCGUAAAAUUCGGUGUAUCUCAACCAUUUAUGUAUCCUUGGUCCGAAUUAAUUAAGCAAAAUUCGUCAGGGAUACCAAAGCCUACAGAUUCGAACACUACUCUGGGUAUAACAACAGAUAUUACUCCUACUUCAGUUGUUCCCAGUAGCGAUGAAAUUACUACAAAUACUACUGACUGGUUUGUUCUUCGUGAACCAGCACUACUUCGUUUAGUUGUACACAGAAUGUUAGUUGGAGAUCGUCGUGCUAAACUGUCAUUACAACAACUGUAUAACUACAAUCCAUCCCUUUUAAAUGCACUAAUUCUAGUGUAUUUAAAGGCUGAACAUCGAGGAGUACCGCAAACCUAUGGUCAUAUUUAUGCAUUUUACAACAAUUUGAAAAAACGAGACUUUCAUAGUCUUCCUUUGGUUGACGAGGAAAAAUCUAAUCAACAUCAUCGUUUUCUUCUUGGUUAUGUUCAAAACGGUGGUUAUGGUCAAUCAAUUGGUCGAGGAAUUGGUUUAGGUUUUAUUAGUUUGAGUGCUUUAUCGAAUGCUUUAACUCAAAGUCAUGAUCGUGAUAGUAUAAUAAAAUAUUGUAUUAGAAAUCCUACUUCAAUGCACUACUAUACAGUUAGAUUGUCUGUAGUCAUUUAA